UUUACUUUUCCCACUUAUCAACAUGUAAACAACUUCCAACUCUUACUUUCGGUACCACGCACAGCACUUUCGAUUUAAUUGAAAAAUAAGGUUAACUACAACGUGAGGAAUGGAUUUUGAUCAGUAAUUUGUAAAGUAAUGGAUGUCAAAAAUCACAGAAAGCAGCUUGCAGAAUAUCUAACCAACAAACAAAAGCAAACCACAGUUAGAUCACAGGAAACAGCAGUUCCCCUUAGAGUCAGAACUACCAGAGUACCAGCCAGCAGAAAGACUGCAGUUAAAACCUAUGCAAGGAGACUAAAAACAGCAACAAUAUAUGAUUUACCAAAUGAAAUCAUACUAAAGAUAUUUGGAUAUCUGUCAAUAGGAGAAUUGUUAUCUGUGGCUCAAGUCUGUCAUCUGUGGCACCAGCUUUCAUCUGAUAAUUUAUUAUGGAAGCCAUUGCUACAAGCAUGUGUUCCUUCCCAAGUAGGCGGUCAACAGCUUGGAGACCUGAAGUCAUCCAAUCUGAAAUCGAGUUUUAUGCAGAGGUGCAUAGAGAUGAGAAACAAAAGAAUUCUAAAACUGCAGAAGAAAAAGAAUCCAUAUACAGGUGUUAUUCAUUGCAAAGAUGUUGAAAAUGCCUUCAAGUUUGGUGGAAUAUCAUGGCAGAUAGUUAUGACAGACACUAGUGGGAAUGAACAUUGUUUACAACACCAGGAUAUAAGUUAUCACCUUAUGUCUGUGUCAGUCAGAUGGUUCUCGCUAAAGAUGAUACCAGUUAAUAAUGUAAAGAAACUCUCACUGUAUUCUUGUAACCCUCUAUUUCAUGACAGUAAAACUGGAAAAGUAGUCUCAAACGGGCCAUACCAAAGGUCACUUUUAUACUCAAUGGAACAAAAACUUAGUUUAGUACUAGACAAAUUAAAGCCUGUUGGUACUGAUGAAAAUCUAAAAGUGUUUGCACUUGCAGAUGGUAUUACAAUUGGUGUAUGGAAGGAAGGUGGAGAAAUUGCUUUUAUCGUGAUAGCUGCUGGGCUUCCUGGUUUGGUGAAAAAAUGUAUCAUGGGAACAGCAUCAAAGAUGUAUCAGUCACCAAAAGAAAAAAGUCUUGGCUGUUUAUCUGAGUCUACAUAUGGUUUAUAUGGCUACAGUUGUACUAUACAGCUUAGAACAAUGAAGCAAGAGAUCUGGGACCAACAGUUCACCAAUGUAGAAUGUCCAAACUCAGAUAUUAGAAAUGGUUUUGCACAUUUUCAUCUUAUGAAGGAGACUGAUAGACAGAUACUUCAAAAAGAACUUGAAUUUCCAUGGAAGACAGAUGCUUUCAAAAACAAAAUAAAGGAUGUAUGCUGUCUAGAUGCUUUGUUUAUAGAUAACGAAGGACAGGUUGUAUGGAAUUGUUGUUCUGCUGUAAGUGUGAAGAAGGAGGGAAGUAGAAAAUUCACAUUUGACAUGGAUUUUGACUACUGUAGAGAAAAGUCCAGGUGUAUAGAAUAUUCAGAUCAGAGAGGACAAAUUUUCAUUCAGAUUGACAAGGACGAAGAAAGAACUUAUAUUACACAUAUAGCACUGAGUGUUCUCAUGGAGAAUCUUCCAAAGCAGUGACAUGACAUAGCCAGCAGUGACAUUGUAGAUAUUACACAUAUAGCACUGAGUGUUCUCAUGGAGAAUCUUCUAAAGGUGACACGACAUAGCCAACAGUGACAUUGUAGAUGUCUAGUGUUAACUAUGAGGCUUCUAAAACUUGUAUUCCACAAGAUUGACAAUGAUGAAGUCUAAUUGUACUUGUCUUACAUAUGAUUUUUGCACAAUAUAUUUAUACUUAUAUCCCAUAAACUGUUGACACCGAGAUAUUUCUCACUUUUUUGUGAUAUUUAUAGUAUUUUACAAAUGUUGAAAUUAAAAUGGCAAUAAAUAAACAUGUUGUUUCCA